UAAACAACAACAGCUAAUGUUUCUAUUCAUAAACAUGGAUAGUAAUUACUCACUGUCCGGUAAACAAGGACGCUCCAGUUUCUAUCAUUUAUACGAAAAGUCUCUUUUUGCUGAAGUUGAGAAACAAAAGACGACAAAUAAGAACAGCUUAAUUCACAGGUUGGUUUGUGUAGCGACUAUUAACCAAGACCUGAGCAGCUGUAGUGAUGAGCGAUGUGCAGUAACUGAACACUACAAACAAUUUCUGUUAAAAUUCCAGCAAAACACAUUGACAGAAGGAGUUAGUGGCUUACUGCUGCUGUAUCAUAAAUGCAUCAUCCAUUUGCUCGAGUCUUCAUCUGAGGUGCUCACACUGAUCAUAAAAGAUCUGAGUGACAUGGAGAAAGGAUCCAACUGCUUACUAAAGGACUGCAGGAUUCUUGUUUUCUCUCAUUGCCUGAUGGGUCGAUUGUUUUCUUCAUGGAGCUACCGAAUGUUAAACCAGUCCCUAAGCUUAAACGUUACAGCUGUGCACACACCAUCAGAAGAGUUGCUUGUACAAGACAGCCUGGCCAAGAUUUACAAAUAUUGCACAUGGCUGCUAAAAUGCAAGGGUAUCAGUGAAGGGCAAGGUACACAGAAACAGGAUUUUUUGGUGGAAGAACAAGCCGUAAUUCACCUUUGCCAGAGCCAAGUGCUGCAUUCUCCCACUACAUUCCUUCAGAGCUAUAUGAAACCAGUACACAUACUCACGGAUGCAGAAACUGUGUGGCCAACGCAGCACCGGCUCUUGUGGCAGACAAAUGAAGAAGAAUAAAGGCAAUAAGGAUGCAGCAAAAGAGGGUGCAGCUUACAAGUAAAAGGAGCCUCCAAGACAUAAUUAAAAAACACCAACAGAA